AUGGCCUCUUCGUCUCCCUCGGCCUACCCUCAUUCCACCUUCCCCAAUCAUGACGAUAAAAGUCAAUUGGACCGGUUUCCACUAGACAAGGAUUUGGAGACGAGUACUGCCCUCAAUGACCUGGCCUACGAUGCUGAUGUAGAAGCAUCGCAAUUGUACGCGCCAAAGCGACCACGAUCGGGGGGCAUGCGGGGAAUCGUCUCUCUUAUCGCCGCCUACUUAUCGCCGCGGGAGAACAAAAAGAAGCAUCACCGCCAGCCCGCCGACGCUCGCCCAUUGCUCGCCUCCGCCAACAACGCCACUCCCACUGCCGCCUGGCAUUCCUCCUCGCGACAAUAUCAAAGACUCAAAUCACUAUCGCAGUGCUUGUGUUACCCUCUUCUGGGACUCCUCGUCAUGCUGGGCGUCGUCCAGUUCAUCUCCAUCGCCUGCAGCAUCGCUGUCUCCUUCUUCCCCGACGAAUUCGACCGCGCCAUCGAGCGGUGGCGUCAUAACGAUCAGCGAUCCCCAUCCGCGGACAUACUGCAUUGGCCAACGGACAUCUCCAGAGAUAUCGUCCCUGUGGCAUGCCACUCUCACAAUGACUACUGGCGCCCCGUGCCGUUGUUCUCUGCCCUGCAGGCUGGUUGUACCGGCGUGGAGGCCGAUGUGUGGCUCGUCGAUAAUGAGCUCUACGUCGGCCAUACCAUGUCUGCGCUGACGCCCCAACGAACCCUGCGCAACUUGUACAUCAAUCCGCUGCUGCGCAUUCUCGAACAGCAAAACCCCAUCACAGACCUCCACCCUCAGCGCGACAGUCCGCCGCAAGGGGUCUUCGACAUGGAUCCCUCGCAAACCCUAAUCCUACUAAUCGACUUUAAAACCGACGGUCAAGAAACCUGGAACUACGUGCAUGCACAGCUUGCCCCGCUUCGCGAGCGCGGCUAUCUUUCCUUCUUCAACGGCACCGACAUCAUUCCGGGCCCCAUAACCGUUGUCGGCACCGGCAAUACCCCCUUCAACCUAGUCACGGCCAACACUACCCACCGCGAUAUCUUCUUCGACGCACCACUCAACAAACUUGUCGACGACAAUAUCACCAGCGAGGACUACGACGACGACGACGACGACGACGUCUCCCUCCCCAACGCCCCCGGAGGCGUACAAGACACAGGGAUAGUCACCCGCGCCACCAAGAAUGUCGGUCAAGGUCUCUCCGGCAUUUCCGACGCAGAAAUCGGCCCCGACACCUUUGAUUGGACCAAUAGCUACUACGCCUCCGUCUCCUUCAAGAAAUCCAUCGGCAUGCCCUGGUCCUUCCGGCUCUCCCAGCGCCAAGUCGAUCAGAUCCGCGCCCAGAUCCGCGCCGCUCAUCGCCGCGGCCUAAAAGUCCGCUACUGGGGCGUACCCGCCUGGCCACGGAGUCUGCGCAACCAUCUCUGGAGCUUACUCGUCCGCGAAGGUGUUGAUUAUCUGAACGUGGAUGAUCUGCGCAGCGCUACUCGUCAGGAUUGGCGGCCUAGAAUCUCGGAUUGGUGGAGUUGA